AUGAGACAUAGAGCUGGAAGGAUCUACAGCUGCAAGGAGCUUACAGCAGAAGCCCGUCACAGCCAAGAUGAGAAGCUGGAGGCUGAAACGGAGCUUGCAGAGAGAAGCUCGUCACAGCCAGGAUCAAGUAACAGAGAUACCCCAGAGAGAUGUCUCCGUCCUCUGUAUUCCCAGGAUUGUACAGAGGAGAAUCACAGGAUCCCACAGGAGGAUCAGGAUGAAUGUCUCACUGACAUUAAGAUAGAAGAUACAGAGGAAGAAAAAGAGACGUAUGUGACGGAUAUAAAGGCAGAAGAUUUAGAGGGAGAAGAAGAGACGUAUGUGACUGAUAUAAAGGCAGAAGAUAUACAGGGAGAAGAAGAGACGUAUGUGACUGAUAUAAAGGCAGAAGAUAUAGAGGGAGAAGAAGAGACGUAUGUGACUGAUAUAAAGGCAGAAGAUAUAGAGGGAGAAAAAGAGACGUAUGUGACUGAUAUAAAGGCAGAAGAUAUAGAGGGAGAAGAAGAGACGUAUGUGACUGAUAUAAAGGCAGAAGAUAUAGAGGGAGAAGAAGAGACGUAUGUGACUGAUAUAAAGGCAGAAGAUAUAGAGGGAGAAGAAGAGACGUAUGUGAGGGGUGAUCAGCAGUCUAAGAAGGAGGACAUCCCUACAGAUAUCAGCACAGCAGAUGGACACACAAGCAGGAAUAUCUCAGAAGGACAUCUAAUGUUAUCCCCGGAUUGUGACAUAAAAGAUAAUGACAGUAGACAGGAUUCUCCAGGAGAUAACCCCAUUACCCCAAUUAUACAUCCAGCUCUAUCAACUGGUCCCUCUGAUCCUGGGAAAUGUUCUCCUGAUCACUCUGAUAUUGGUGCAUCUGUUCCAGCUCUGACAGUAGAUACAGUGUUUCCCUGUUCUAUAGAUGCCAAAUGUUUUACACAGAACACAAAGCUUAUUACCCAUCAGACAGGUAAGGCAGGUGAGAGGCCAUUUCCAUGCUCUGAGUGUGGGAAAUAUUUUACCUGGAAAUCACAACUUGUUACACAUCAGCGAAGUCACACAGGUGAGAAGUCAUUUCCAUGUUCUGAGUGUGGUAAAUGUUUUGCACACAAAUCUGAUCUUAUUAGACAUAACAGAAGUCACACAGGUGAGAAGCCAUUUUCUUGCUCUGAGUGCGGGAAAUGUUUUAUCCGGAAAUCACAACUUGUUGCACAUCAGCGAAGUCACACAGGUGAGAGGCCAUUUCCAUGUUCUGAGUGUGGAAAAUAUUUUACCUGGAAAUCACAACUAGUUACACAUCAGCGAAGUCACACAGGUGAGAAGUCAUUUCCAUGUUCUAAGUGUGGGAAAUGUUUUGCACACAAAUCAGAUCUUAUUAGACAUAACAUAAGUCACACAGGUGAGAAGCCAUUUUCUUGCUCUGAGUGCAGGAAAUGUUUUAUCCGGAAAUCCCAACUUGUUACACAUCAGAGAAGGCAUACAGGUGAGAGGCCAUUUCCAUGUUCUGAGUGUGGGAAAUGUUUUGCAUGCAAAUCAGACCUUGUUAUACAUCACAGAAGUCACACAGGUGAGAAGCCAUUUUCUUGCUCUGAGUGCGGGAAAUGUUUUAUCCGGAAAUCAAAACUUGUUACACAUCAGAGAAGGCAUACAGGUGAGAGGCCAUUUCCAUGUUCUGAGUGUGGGAAAUGUUUUAUAUGCAAUUCAGAUCUUGUUAUACAUCAGAGAAGUCACACAGGUGAGAAGCCAUUUUCUUGCACUGAAUGUGGGAAAUGUUUUACACAGAAAUCACAACUUGUUACACAUCAGCGAAGUCAUACAGGUCAGAGGCCAUUUCCAUGUUCUGAGUGUGAGAAAUGUUUUGCACACAAAUCAGUUCUUGUUAAACAUCAGAGAAGUCACACAGGUGAGAAACCAUUUCCAUGUUCUGAGUGUGAGAAAUGUUUUGCACACAAUUCAGCUCUUGUUUUACACCACAGAAGUCACACAGGUGAGAAACCAUUUUCUUGCUCUGAGUGUGGAAAAUGUUUUACACAAAAAUCACAACUUGUUACACAUCAGCGAAGUCACACAGGUGAGAAAAAAAGGGGACGGCACCUGGGCACAAAUAAUUAAAAGAUCUGGGAUGUUAUUAUCAAUACACCUGAUCAAGGAUUGCUGCUUCACUUAAGAGGUCACUGUUACCUCCCAAAAAUGCAGAAACAACAAAAGAUAAAAUGAAGCGCUGUCCUGAUCAGUAUAACUUAAAACAUAUAACAUUUAUUAGACAUUACACAGACAACAUUAAUAACACGGCUGGUAUAUUAAAAAAUACUUUUAAAAUAUAAUUAACCCCGUGGCCACUUAUCAGUUGAUCAACUUAUUUACUGCAGUAAUAAUCAGUGAAGUUCCACACAUUUGUAUUUGCAAACAGAGCAAAGCUUGGAGGUGUUAAAAGCUGCUACUUAAUCUUAGAGCAAUAAUUAACUGCCAGUUCUUAACUUUUGCCAGAUGGAAACAAGCUCAAAGAUGUUAAAGAUGCUCACUUAGUAUCAUGCAACAAUCUUCAACUGUUCAUAACUU